AUGGAAGUUGCAACACUUACAACAGAGCAAUCUCAAAGCAAAGGCGAUAUACCAAAAAACAAUGGCACCAAACCACAAGGAAAGAACAGACGCAAGAAAAAGAGGAAAGGAGUCAAUAAAGAGAAGACAAAGGAAAUUGCGAUUGAGAAUAAGCAAAUAAUCGAAGAUCAAGAAGAAAUAGAAAUAGAGUAUGUAUCACAACCAUUGGAUUUACCUAACGAUCCUAACUUUGAAGAAUUCUCAAAGGUUUUUGCCCAUUUUCAGAUUACCGCCGAAGAGACUGAGAUUCUAGUUGAACUCAAAGAGGAAGAAAAAGCAGAGACUCCUGCAGCCCUGACAGAGGCCAGAAUUAGCGAUUCGGAAGAUGAGAGUACAAUCGACUCGGACAGCGACAGGGGUGAAAAAGUAUCAAAGAAAAAGCUGCGAAAAUUGAAUCGGUUGAGUGUGGCUCAACUGAAGCAGCUGGUUAAAAGACCGGAGGUUGUUGAGUGGGUAGAUGUGACAGCAGCAGACCCCAAAUUACUUGUACAUAUCAAGUCAUACAGAAACACAGUUCCUGUUCCUCAACAUUGGUCACAGAAGCGCAAGUAUCUUCAAGGCAAGAGGGGAAUUGAAAAGCCUGCCUUUGAAUUGCCUGAUUUCAUUAAAGACACCGGUAUAAUGGAAAUGCGCGAAGCAGUAAGAGAAAAAGAAGAUGCCGCCAAACUCAAGCAGAAAACACGCGAAAGAGUGCAACCCAAGAUGGGGAAAUUAGAUAUCGAUUAUCAGAAAUUGCAUGAUGCUUUCUUCCGAUUCCAGACCAGGCCUAAACUUACCAUUCACGGUGAACUUUACUAUGAAGGAAAAGAGUUCGAAACUAAAUUGAAAGAGAAGAAACCAGGACAGCUUUCUGAAGAAUUAAAGGCGGCUUUGAACAUGCCUCCACUAGCGCCACCCCCUUGGCUGAUCGCCAUGCAACGAUAUGGACCACCGCCGAGUUAUCCCAAUUUAAAGAUACCUGGUCUAAAUGCGCCCAUACCUGAAGGGGCACAGUGGGGAUUUCAUCCUGGUGGAUGGGGAAAACCGCCUGUUGAUGAGUAUAAUCGACCACUCUAUGGAGAUGUGUUCGGAACAUAUCAGCAGGAAAUACCUUCCGAGAUGGUCCAACCUAUUGAGCGAAAACUAUGGGGAGAAUAUGAGCCAGAGGAAGACGCCUUACAAGAAGGACUAGUUACCCCAAGUGGGCUAUCAUCUGUUCCCAGUGGACUGGAGACACCUGAUUAUAUUGAAUUACGCAAGUAUCAGAAUGGACCACCUGCACCUGCACCUGCUGCCGCUAAUGUACCGCCUUCUUUGGCUAGUGGAUUGGAGACGCCCGAGGUUAUUGAACUGAGGAAGUAUCAGAGAGCCGAAGAAGAAGAGCCAAAACAAUUAUAUACGGUUCUUCCGCAGAAAGAGACAUCGAUCACAGGGUUCAUGGGAUCUCAACACGUAUAUGAUAUAUCAAAUGCCACCGGCACAUCUAAAGGAACGAAGCGCAAGGCAGUGGGGGCCGGAGUGGAAGUUGCAUUGGAUCCGUCUGAAAUGGCGAAUCUUGACGAAGAGACUUUGCGCGCUAAGUUUGACGAAGCUCAGGCGGCCAGUCGACCAGAAGGAGCUCAUGAAGAUCUCUCGGAUAUGGUUGCUGAGCAUGCAAGUAAACAGGCUAAAAAGCGUCAAAAGAUUGCAGAUGCCAAGGCUGCGGCACGUGAUGCUGGGUCUGGUGGACAGGCCCCUACAAAGAAGUACAAAGAGUUCAAAUUCUAG